UCCAGCUCAUUGUGCCCUGACUUCGUUAUAGUGGCUUCAGUCUCUCACCGCCGAUGUCGAGAAACUGCUAGCCUGAGGAAUCCUACGCCUGCAGAGCUCCCCUCCGACCUCCUCAGUGCUUUCCUGUGCCUAAGCGGAGGCAUUGGAGAAGAAAGAAUGGCUGUGAGCCACCUGCCCACCAUGGCCCAGGGCCUGGUGACCUUCGGGGAUGUGGCUGUGCUCUUCACGCAGGAGGAGUGGGGGCGACUGAGCCCUCCACAGAGGGCCCUGUACAGAGACGUGAUGUUGGAGAACUACAGCAACCUGGUCUCACUCGGACUCUUAGGACCCAAACCUGAUACGUUUUCUCAUCUGGGAAAAGAAUGGAUGCUGGAGGUCUCCUCAGGAUGCUUCUGUCUUGACUGGAUGACCAUGACUGUGAAUAAGAUAGCUACUCUGCAGACGCAUAUUCCUGAAGAAGAGUUUGAUCUGUGGAUAGGAAAGGAAGGGCUGACCAGAGGUGGUCCCUGGAAAUGUGCCAGCUUGUUGCAGUGGCAGUGCCCAGAAGGUCGGGAGACGAACUGGCAGCAAGUGGCCUCCGCCCAUCAGGACACCUCACCAGGAGUCGGGGUGCAGCAGGGCCAUGGGUCUGGGAAGGGCUGCCCCAGAAACUCCACACUUGUUCAGAGUCAGGGAUUGCAGCCAAGCAAAAAAGCCUUUGAAUGUUACAAAUGCAGGAAAGUCUUCUCUAAGAGUUCCACCUUUAGCAAGCAUCUUGAAACCCAUACUGAAAAACUCAAUAUAAGCCAGAAAACAUAUAUGAAAGAGAAACGGUAUGAGUGUCGAGAAUGUGGAAAAGCCUUUCACCAGAGCACACACCUCAUCCACCACCAGAGAAUCCACACAGGGGAGAAGCCGUAUGAAUGCAAGGAAUGUGGCAAGGCAUUCUCCGUGAGCUCCUCGCUGACUUACCAUCAGAAAAUCCAUACUGGAGAGAAGCCAUUUGAGUGUAACUUGUGUGGGAAAGCCUUCAUCCGGAAUAUACAUCUUUCCCACCACCACAGAAUACAUACCGGAGAGAAACCAUUCAAAUGCAACCUUUGUGAAAAAGCCUUCGUGUGCAGGGCACAUCUUACCAAACACCAGAAUAUUCAUAAUGGUGAGAAACCAUAUAAAUGUAAUGAAUGUGGGAAAGCUUUCAACCAGAGUACAAGUUUUCUUCAGCAUCAAAGAAUCCACACUGGAGAGAAGCCCUUUGAAUGCAAUGAAUGUGGAAAGGCCUUCAGGGUGAACUCUUCCCUGACUGAACAUCAAAGAAUUCACACUGGAGAGAAGCCUUAUAAAUGUGGCGAAUGUGGAAAAGCUUUCAGGGAUAAUUCAUCUUUUGCACGCCAUCGGAAAAUUCACACUGGGGAGAAACCCUACAGAUGUGGCUUGUGCGAGAAAGCCUUCAGGGACCAAUCAGCCCUGGCCCAACACCAGAGAAUUCACACUGGGGAAAAACCUUACAUGUGUAACAUAUGUGAGAAGGCAUUUGGUGACCACUCUGCCCUCACCCAGCAUAAGAGAAUCCACACGAGGGAGAAACCUUACACAUGUAAAGUCUGUGGGAAAGCCUUUAUCCGAAGCACACAUCUUACCCAGCAUCACAGGAUACACACAGGAGAGAAACCCUAUAAGUGUAAUAAAUGUGGGAAAGCUUUCAAUCAGACAGCAAACCUCAUUCAGCAUCAGAGACAUCAUAUUGGGGAAAAGUGA